UGAACUGACAUCUCCCUUGAGUGCGAGUUAGGGCUAGCAGUAGGCCGCUAGCCUGUGAGGAGGGCGUCCAUAGACACCUCACUAGACCCACACACGGUCUCGUCCGUGCCUCGCCGGCCGGCGAGAUUGCUAGAGGCGGAGCGGUCUGCUCUAGUCUCACAUGUUACUUCCUGCCGUCUGUUGUUUGUUGUGCCCUUGUUUGUUCUCUUGGCACCUUGGAGUGCUGGGGGGGGCGACAGGGAGGAUGUCGCCUUGAGUUAUGUGUACGCCUACUCAGGGUGUGUGGCAGCCCGCUCGCUGGCUGUGGUGUGUGUCUUGUGAGCCUGUUUGUGUCUGUGUGUCGCUCGUGCGUGCCGUCAUCAUCUGUCCAGCGUCCACCCAUACCGCGUUGGUGUCCAGUCCGAGCCUGACUGUUCUUCACCUUCCUUUCUCUUUUCUCUGGCCCGGCGGGCUUAAAGGCCGGUGCACCUCGCGGUCUGCGAGCGGGCGGUCGGUGGAGGCGCUGCGCCCUGCGCGCGUCCGCGAAUUCGCGUCCGCGGUGCGGCAGGUUGCGAUCCUCGGCCGGCGGGGCGUGCUGCAGGCGGCCUUCACGAUCAAGGAGCUGCGGGAGCUCACAAAGCUCGCCGGUGUCUCGACGUCGAUCGAGGCGCCGCCCGACGCCUUCUCCGCCGUCGUGCUUUCUUGCCUGGGCUCCUCCCAAGGCUGAGCUCCUCCCUGCAUCUCUG